CUUGUUAGUUAAUCACUCUAACCAAACGGGCCCUUACAAAAUACUACCCAAUCUUAGCGGGUCUUUCAAAGAAACCAUUCUAUACCUCAAAAAUCAGUUUUGAGAAAAACUCGAGAAACUCCAAUGGCUUCUCAAACCCUAAUUCUCCAAAACCCAAAUCUUCCCAGAACUACCAUCCUCUCUCCUCCUUCAACCCUAAUCUACUCGAAACCCAGAACGAUUUCAUUGUUCACACGGCCAAAUUCACUCGCAGCUCCUUCUUUACACAUCCUUAAAUCUAAAAAAUUCACAGUUUUGGCAUCAUCCUCAACUGUUCUCGAAAACCCCUCUGCGAAAUCUGACCCUUUAAUCACUCGCUCUACGCGUACAAUUACAACUUUUUUUGCAGUCACUUUGGCUGUAUCGAAGUUGGUUUUCCAAAAAUUGAGCUUUAAUGGAUUGGGGCAAUCUCUGGCGUAUUCUGCGGGACCAAUGUUUUUCGCUGCCCUUAGGAAUCAGCCUACAACAGGAGGAUUGAAUACCCCUUUCACCGUGGUUGCUGCUGGAAUGGCGAAAUGGCUUGACAUAUACAGUGGGGUUUUAAUGGUUCGGGUUUUGCUCAGUUGGUUUCCGAAUAUACCUUGGGACAGGCAGCCAUUGUCAGCUAUUAGGGACCUUUGUGAUCCUUAUUUGAAUCUCUUCAGGAACAUAAUUCCCCCAAUUUUUGACACUUUGGAUGUGAGUCCUCUUUUGGCUUUUGCAGUUUUGGGUACACUCGGUUCAAUUCUCAACAGCAGCAGGGGAUCUUACUGAGGCAAUUGGCAACAUAUGGUGCUUCCAUGGUUAUGCUGCUGAGACAUGCUGUCAUUUGAAUUGAUCAUGGAGUGGGGAGAGCCACGAGGUCUCAACUUCAAAUUUCAGCGGAGUAAAAAAUGUUAUGCUCAAACUUGGAGGACAUUGUAAGCCGAUACCUCUAUGUUGGUGUGCAAAAGCUGGUUUGAAUACCGAUGUUAUAAAAAAAGAUGUUGCAUUUUGGUUUGCAGACCUGGAAAAGUGUAGUAGUGUUUGUCCGUGCUGGUGCUCAUAUAAUCCGCCAACAUCUUCAAAUACUUUAACGAUUUCUUUUUUAUCAACUCGAAGUGAAGUUUGAAUA